AUGCCCCGCGGAUAUGACUGGCAUGGCGGGCAAGAUGGAGCGACAUCCGAGCUGGCACUGGCCUUUCCCCCCGAACCAAUCGCAGUACGAGUAAGCUUCUUUCCGCUGCUCUUUUCUGCCUGGGUCUGGUGGUCCCUAUGCGACGCCGCCAACCAGGUCUAUAAGUCAUCCUCGCCAGUUCGCCUAAACGACUUGCUAUACACUACGUCGACGCACAAUCGCGGCAUUGGAACCAUCGAGAAGCACUCGACGACUGCUUAUUUCCUGGUGUUCAUUACGAGGCAGAAAUCGCUGCAGCAGUACGGUUGA